AUGAUGAUAAAUCUUCUAAAUGAACUUAUUCAUAUUAUUCAAAUUAUUAAUUACUUCUUUCAGAUAAUUCCCAUAAUAAAGUCAGCACCUGUGGAAGAACCGAUAACUUUUCUCCAGCAGUACUUCAACCAAGAUGCGAAUCCAGAUAAAGAAUUCUACAAAGGUCACAGUUCAAACUUCACCACUACCUACAGAAAACGGAAAACGGAAGAAGGCUACAUCUCCCUCUGUUGGGCGGAAACUCUCAUCAGGACAGAAAAUAAAAACAAUAAAAACAUAACACUGUCAAAAAGGUACUCGAUUAUCAUGGAAUCACCAAUAAAUAUCGACCAACAAAUGAUUGAAACUGACAAUACAUCUUGUUAUGAAAUAGUUCAAAAUGGAACCAAUGGAAAGAGAUUAUACAACUUCACGACUGUAAAAGAAACCGACGAAUAUAUAGUAAAGGAGCACAAAACCUUAUUUUGCGGAGCUGGUCCAGUUCUAUCCGAACAUUUCAUUGUAUGGCCUAAACUGAAUAGGAAGCAGAUUGAAAUAAGUAUAGACCCUCUGCCAUCAUCUGAACUGGAGAAUUGUACUGAAACGUCAGAACCAGUUGCAUAUAACCCAAAAAUCAAUAUUUCUUCCACUGCUGUAACUUUCAGGAGUGUCAAGAAGAAAACCCAACAACCCGAAAAUAGUUCUGAAACUACCACAACUGACAGGACAGUCAAAACUUCAUCAGCGAUUCCAGAAGAAGUAGGAGAUCCUCCCAUAGUUGGCAUGACUAGAAGAGAAAAUGAAAAUGCAUCGAUAUCAUCAGAAGAGGAAGCUCACUCAAGGAACCUGAAGAAUUUGCUGCUGAAGCGCGAUGUCAACUGUACAUACGAACAUCAAUCAGAAUUUUGCAAGGAGCUGUUGGAGCACAGCCAGAUUUUGAAUGAUUUCCAAGGCAAUUCCAGUCCGGCCCUGGUAAAUCUAUUUUUUCCGAACCAGACAUUUCUUGAGUUUUUUCGUGAGUUUGAUGGUGAUCGUGUAUUCGACGUGACAGCAACAUUCAUUUUAGAAGUCAAAGAAAGGAGUUCCAACGCCGCGGAAGCUAACAACAAGAUGGUAUCCAGAAUAGAAGUUAUAGAGAAUAGUGUGGUAGCUAGUUCUAUCAAUAGCACGAGUGAUGAAAUUUCAUAA